AAGAGGGUGGGGGCGGUGGGGAGGAGAGGACGGAGGAUGGCUGGAGCUAUUAGUGGCCGCGGCGGCAGCUGCAAGAUCCGUGGCCGGCUACAAAGAGAAUGACGGGGCACUUGGGGCGAUAGAGGAUCCGCAUCCUGUCUCUGGCCCAGCAUGGCUGGUCUCAUCAAGAAGCAGAUUCUAAAGCACCUGUCCAGGUUUACAAAGAAUCUCUCCCCUGAUAAAAUCAACUUGAGCACCCUCAAAGGGCAGGGGCAGUUGACGAACCUAGAACUGGAUGAAGAAGUUCUGCAGAAUUUGCUGGAUCUGCCCACCUGGCUAGCCAUCACUCGAGUUUUUUGCAAUAAGGCCUCCAUCAGGAUUCAGUGGACUAAGCUGAAGACUCACCCAAUCUGUCUGGUAAUGGCCUUGUUUAUCUCCUGUUUAUCUUAUUUGGAUAAAGUUGAAGUGGAGAUGCGAACAUGUGAAGAGCCCAGGCCACCCAAUGGACAGUCUCCCAUUGCUGUUGCUUCAGGACAGAGUGAAUAUGGAUUUGCAGAGAAGGUUGUGGAAGGUAUGUACAUUAUUGUCAAUUCAAUUACCAUCAAGAUACACUCCAAGGCCUUCCAUGCAUCGUUUGAAUUAUGGCAGCUUCAAGGAUAUAGUGUUAACCCCACCUGGCAGCAAAGUGAUCUUCGCUUUACCCGAAUCACUGAUUCACAUAAGGGAGAGGUAUUAACAUUUAAAGAACUCACCUGGCAGACUCUUCGAAUAGAAGCUGAUGCUACAGAAAAUGGAGAACAAGAUCCCCUCACUACUCCUCUAAGACUUAUUACCAACCAGGGCAAAAUCCAAAUAUCACUUAAGAGAAAGACAAAGGAUUGCAAUGUGCUGGCAUCUAAGCUCAUGUUCCUUCUUGAUGACUUGUUGUGGGUGCUAACUGACUCCCAGCUGAAGGCAAUGAUGAAGUAUGCAGAAUCCUUGAGCGAAGCCAUGGAGAAAUCAGCUCAGCAGAGGAAAAGUUUGGCUCCUGAACCUAUCCAAAUCACACCUCCUAUUCCCAGUACCCAACAGUCUUGGCCCCAGUCAUUUGGCAGCACUCAUAAAGCUAUCAGCCAGUAUUUUGAGAUGUAUGAUAUGAAAGAGUCUUCCUAUCACCUUCUUAUUUCCCGUCUGGACCUUCACAUCUGUGAUGAUAGCCACACUCGAGAAACAGGUGCUUCCAAACAUGGUAUAGUGGGAGGUGCAAUGCAAUUAACUUUUAGGAAGAUGGGCUUUGACUAUUAUCCUUUCCACUGGGCAGGUGAUAGCUGCAGACAUUGGGUGCGAUAUUGCGAUGCCAUGGAGACCUGGGAACAUUGGGCAAAAAAACUAGUGAAUGAAUUCCAAAACAAGAUGGGAAAAUAUAGUGAAGAAAUAAGUCCUGCCUCCUUUAAAACUGCAGAGAAGGAAUCUCCCUUGAAAAAGAGACAAGAUGCUGUUUCUAGUUCUCCAAAAAGCUCUACAGAGAAGGGCUUACAUCAGAACAGCCCACCACCUCAUACCCUGCUAGGACACCAACGGCCUGCAUGGAAUAGACUCCGAUCCAGUUGCCUGGUUGUUCGAGUUGACGAUCUGGAUAUUCAUCAGGUUUCUACAGCUGGACAGCAGAGUAAGAAACCUUCAACAUUACUUUCAUGUAGGAGGAAGUUAUUGAAUCUUCCUGAACAUACGUCAGCAAUCCAUAUAGUUUUCACAGAGUACUAUUUUCCAGACCACACUACUUUUCCAGUCCCAAGUCCAAACUUGUACUUGCAGAUGAAUGGCUUGGUUUUCACUUUGGACACAAGGAGCAUGCUUUGGGUGAAUUUAUUCUGCCUUGAUCUCUAUCGCAGUCUACAACAGUUUAAAGCUAUAUACAAGCUAGAGAGCUCUGGAAAAAGGGAGGAACACAUUGAUAUUCGAUUGGAUGGCUUUAUGUUAAAGGUAAACAUCCCAGUGGACAAAAAAGUAAUUGAACACCAGGACCGUCCCCAGUGUCUCUCUAUAUCCACAUCAGAAGUGACAGCUACUAAUACAAGGCAUGCACCUCAUUGCAGCUGUUUAGCCCUGCAGAACCUGUUCCGUAGAUUUGCUGCUUCUGAAUUCUUCCAUUCUAGCUAUACCAAAUUCCCUAAAUUUCAGGACAACUUUAGUCUCUUGCAUACUCUCUUUCUUCGUCAUGCAUACCAAGUGGAUACCAAUGUCCAGCAGCACACAGAUUUCUGCCACUUUCCUGGCAAAUCUUCCAUUUUUGAAGAUCUUUGGUCUGUUAAUUUUACCCAGGUGUCCUUGGACUUUGAGGGGACCAAAAGUUCCAAAGGACAGCCCCUUAACUUUAUCUACCCAUUUCCACUCUGUGUGUGGGCUUGCCUCCCAAAGAAAUGGGAACAAGCCCAAGCAGCAAUGCUGAAGGUUUCAUCUACCUCAAACGUUAGACUUAAAUCUUCCACAACUUUUAGUAAUCAUACUGAGAACCAGGUCUUUUCUGGUGAGGAGCAAUUCUGCCAAAGAUCAAAGACUGAGCAGAAUUUGAGAAGUAUCUACCUUACCCCAGAGGCAAAGGAAGUCUUGGAAGAAAGUUGUACUGUUGAUGAUGAAGGAAAUGAUAAUGAUCUGGAAAUAUCUGCUGAUGUCCAUGUUCUUCUGUAUUCAAGUACACAUGUGAAGGUGCAACUCAAUCAUUAUCAAUAUUUGAUGCUACUUCGGAUGAAAGAAGUACUACAGACUUUUCAAGAGCAAUUUACCCUAGAUACCCAGGAAAUAACGGGGUCGCCUUUAGAUUCCAUAACCACUUGCAUAGGCAUCAUGUUCAACAGUACUGAGGUAGCUUUGCUAAUGCAUCCUGUUCCUGGUUCUUCACUAGAACCGAGAUCUAUAGAUUCAGAUACUACCAGUCUAGUUGAAUCUGAACUCUCAGCUUCAGAGAGUAGGGAAAGACUAAUUGCUGAAAGCAAAGAGCCGAAGUCAGAUGUUAGCUCCGAGAAGGAAAAUAGUAGUCCCAUAAAAAUGUCAGAAGAUACUGGAACUGAGAAUACAGAUAGAAAUAUGACUGCAUCGCAAAACGGAAUGGUGAAAUCUCAAACUGAUGGAUCUUUGACGGAAGAAGAAUUUCAUAGUCAAGCCACUGGACAGAGGAGUCCUGUAGAAGAAGCACAUGAAGCUGAAGAAAUCCUUGAUGCAGAAAAACAGUAUGAGCACAUCAACCUUCCUAAGACUUCUGAAGUUCUUCCUUCCAGACCAUCUUCCAUUGUAGAUCCUUUAGGUGGUAUACAUGUCUCUCUUAAUGGGCAAGAAGAGUUGAUUCCAUUGAGAAACAUGGAGUUGGAGUUAUGUAGUGCAUUGCAUAUAACAAAGGAUGCCACCAAGGAAGCCUUGCAUGUUACAAUGGACCUCACUAAAGAAGCCGUGUCAAUAACAAAAGAUGCUUUCAGCUUGAGCAAGGAAAAAAUGGCUUCCACUAUGCAGAAAAUGCUGUUCCACCCCCAAAUCAACAGAGAUCUUUCACCAAAACCUGAAGAGGCAGCAGUGAAUCAAGUAGGACGUAAUAGUGAAAGUGCACGUUUCUCCUCCAUGAAGAAGACUGCUUCGCAACAUUCCUUUGAUACCAAUUCAUUAGAUGGCAGUGGUCUUGAAGAUAGACUGUCAUUAGAUAGUGAUGGCAGUGAUGGCUUUGUUAUGCUUAUGGAUUCAGAGCCCAGUCUUGAUCUUCUUACCUUAGGACAACUUCCUCAGAUGCUUAAUGAUAAAGACAUUAGACCAAGCUCAGUGGGAGACGAAGAAAGAGGAUCUACGUGUGUUAACAGCUCAGCUUCUCUGAGUGCACAGGACCCUACUACUCAGUUGGUUUCUGUGCUGGUGUUAAAGACAAAUGAAUUGAAUUGUGUCAUAGAAUCCAAGAGGAAUGAUAUGACACUUGCUCUUCAAGUUAUGGAAUUAACUCCUGAACAUUUGGGAAAUAUCAGCAUGUGGCAGUAUCUGCAGAAUGCUCCCACAGGAGAUACAAACACAGAGAGGUCUACAACUACUGAAACUAUCCAAACCCAACCUGAGGUGUGCUUACGAUAUGAAAUUGGACCAAGUGCUGCAGUGCACUCACCUCUGUCUGUCCAAAAUGGGUUUUUUCAUAUGCUGAUCCAUAGCUAUGAGACAGAACUGCUGACAUCAUCUCUUUCUAGCAUUGGACUCUUCCUUGAAGAUGAAGUCAUUCCUGAAGUUAUUCCCAUGAAGAUUGAGAUUGUGAAUACCAAGAUUACCUUAAAGGAUGAUAGUCCUCGAGUGUAUCAUACCACUCCUGGUCCUGUGCCUAUAAUUUUAGCCAUGGACCACCUUGUUCUUCAUUGUAAAGAUGAUGGAAUGUUCUUUAUAACAGCUGCAGAGACAGAAGAAUCUUGUACCCAGAAAGCACUCCAGAAAAAUCUUAAGAAACAGCGUAUUCCAGUAGAGAGAAUCUCUAUAACUUCAGCGGAAAGUGAUGAUGAAUCAGAGUUGAAAGCAGUAUUAACUUUGGAGAAAGAGUUACAGGAUACUCAGAGAGAUCUUGCAGAAGCCAAUCAGGACAAAUUACUCCUGCUUCAGGAAAUCAAGAAAUAUGAUCCUCUCUUCCAGCUUUGACAACAACGAUCUGAGCAAGAGAUGCUCAGAGCAUUCCGAAAUUACUACCAGCAUUGAAAAAGUUUACUUGUUAAAAGCAAACCAGUUAAUUUGUUCAUCUUCAUUCAAGAGCUGCUAUUUUGAAAACAGAAGCAGAAUGCCAUUACAAGAGAAGGAAGCGGAGAUGUAGCAAGAAAGUACAUGGGAAUAAGAUGAACGGGAGACUGGAUUUAGUAGUCCAGCUGUGUCUGGAAAACAUAAAACUGUACUCUAGCUAAAGCAUGGCACUAUUGUCAGUUGAAUAGUGAGAGAAGAAAAAAAAUUACUUGAGUUAUCAUAAAGCGGUGCUGAUGAACAUCUUUCUUGCUGUGAGCUGUUUCUUAUAGGUAGGUGUUGCUCACCCUACACCAAAGAAAUUACAUUCUGCUUAGCUCAGGCCUAAUUAGGGAAUUUUGCUAUAGCAACAUGAGUUUGAAAUAUGGAAUGAAGAUAGUUAUAGGCCUAGCAUAGGAAAAAAAGUUCCCAGAACAGAAAAUACAAAAUCCAUCAUCUUACUGCUCUUAAGAAAAUUUCUCAUGAAAUUAUAUUUUCCCUAAUCUCCUUUCCUUAUAAUAUUAUAACAUAUUAAUGCAGUAUUGAUACACUAACCUUACUGGUUCUUAAAAGUCCACCUUCUUGUUAAAAUGGAUUUACAGCCAUUUUGGAAUAUAAUUUGAUGAGAAAGUGCCUGACUAAACAUUUUGUCCUUAUUAAUGAAAAGAUAAAUAACUUUAUUUUCCAUAAUAACUAAUAAUGUUGGAGAGGCUUGGAAAUGAGAUCUGUUAAGUCGCUUUAGGUCAUAUAUUUAAGGAAUCUGUUUGGUAAAUAAUGAAUCAAAAACUUUCUGCAAGAUGUGGAAUGCUGGUAGAAAUUGUUUUAGCUGCAGAAUAGUUGUUCUUUUUCCCCCUUUAUGCUAUCAAUUUGCAUGAUACCGUGUUUCUUUGAAAAUAAGACAAGGUCUUAUUUUCUUUUGACUCCCAAAAUAUUGAUUGGGUCUUAUUAUCGGGAGGGCUUGUUGUUUUGGGGUUGUCAGGUGGCUGCUACUUGCGAGCAGGCGCCCGAAGAGCCAGGCACAGCCUCAGGGGUAAACGGCUGUGUUGUGCUGUCGCAGCAGCGCAACAUAUCAGCCAUGAGGUGACUCCACUCAUGAGCAGCCACCUGGCAACCCCCCUUUCCAGCCGGGCAGAGUGCCACUCACGGACUCAGUGAUAUCCCAGAGACGCUAAGCCGCGUGGUGCUCUGCCCUCCCCCCAGCUCCCGCGGCUUGACGCAUUUGGGAUACCCUUAGGUCAGUGAGCGCCUGUUCCAAGCCGUGUGAGCGCCUGUUCACCGCCCUCCGGCUCCCGUGGCUUGGCGUCUUCGGAAUGCCCCGAGGUCAGUGAAUGGGGCUCUGCCUGGCUGGAAAGGGAGGUUGCGCAAACGCCUGUUCCGUCCCCAGCUGGUGUGCCUCCUACCUGCAGGCGCUCACAGGGCUUGGUGAUACCCCUAGGUCAGUGAAGGCGCUGUGCCUGGCUGGAAAGGGGGGUUGCUGGGCGGCUGCUCGUAAGCAUGGUCACCUAAUGGCUGCUGUAUAAUGUUGCUGCGAUAGCGCAACACAGCCAUUCGACCCUGAGGCUGUGCCUGGCUCUUCAGGAACCCGCUCGCAAGAGAGCAACAUGCCCGGCAAUCCCCCUCUCCAGUUGGGCACAGCACCACUCACUGACCUAGCGGUAUCCCGAAGGCGCCAAGCAACGUGAGCCUUUGCCCCCCAUCCCACCCUGUUCCUGCGGCUUGGCGCCUUCGGGAUACCACUAGGUCGGUGAGUGGCGCUCUGCCUUGCUGGAAGUGGGGGGUUGUCUGGGGGGGGUUUAUUUUUGGGGGAGGGCUUACAUUUGUGGCAUGGUCUUAUUAUCAGGACGUUGCAAUUUCGGGGAAAGACGGUAUUUGGAAUGAAAGAAAAACAAUUUGGCUCAUUGUUUUAGCAGUGUUAAAUUUAGCAGUGUCAGUUUUCUUAAAUGUUUUUAAAAGAAGAAUGGUAUAUCCAAAAAAUUGUUAGAAAAGUUGUAUUUUGCUUCCCAAAAUAGUUAUGUACCCAUAACUAUGUCAAAAUAGAACAUAGAAACAAAUAAUUGCUAAUAAUCUGUCUAUAAUAGACAGUAAGAUUUUCAAUCAAAGUUAUCCAUAACAACUAACUGUAAUAUAAAACUCAUGGAUUUUAAUCUAGAUUUUUAAUGACUUAAUUUUGACCAUGUGUAGAAUGCAUUUAAGUUUUAUUAUAACCUGCUGUAGCUGCAUAUCAACUAGAUAAAUUGCAGAAGUGAAAAAAUUCUGAAAGCAUAUCAGAGGCAAAGAUUCCUUUGGUUUGAGUUCAACUCCUGGUGAUUAUUUGGGCAGGUAAAAUUCAAAAUCUGAAUUUAUCCUUGUGAAAUAAUUAGGCCUAGGCCAAGUUCUAGCAGCAUUUCUCACUAAAAUGUAGUUUUAAUUAAGUCUGAUUUGCUUACAUAGAAAAGAGUGGUUUUUUUUUCACUAUUACGCUGAGUCUUAUAAAUAGAUAUACUCAAAGGUUUUUUUAGAUCAAGGCAUGACGGAUAAUAGAAAUUAAUUAGUAUGAGUUGGUAAAUAUCAAAUUGAACCAAGUUGAUAUUGCUGUACACAUACAAUUCCAAGAAUGGGAAUGUGCUACAGGCAUUUUAAAAGCAGCAACCUACACAAAAAAGAAUGGCAGCUCUAAUUUGCUGUAUGAAGAGAAUUAGAAUAGAAUGAACUACUGAGUUUUAGAAUUGAGGGAUACUUUUACUAAGCCAGCUCAAAAUUCACAAAAAUAUGUGCAAGCUUUUAAGUUGUCCAGAAUACUUAAUUGACUAACUAGUAACAAAAUAAGAGAGGGAUAGCAAGAAAACAGGCUGAAUUUGAAGCUCUGGCAUCUGUACUCAGUUAAAUCUUGAAACAUAAGAAGGGGUUUUAAAUUUAAUAGGAUUUUUUUCGAGCAACAUUUUGUCAAAACAAUAUACCAUAAUGGAUCAGAGUAGUUAUUAUAUGUCCUUUAUAGAUGGCAUUUUCUGUUUUUAAGAAAUGGAACAUGUGCGAGGAUAACGAGCUUCAGUAAACAGCUGUUUGCUUGAUAUUAUCCUAUUUGUUUAUAAUAAAAUGCUAAAUUUAGUUUAUGCACUACAGCUAACCUUUGUCUAGUAGCUAGUUCUUGGUUGAACACCCAUCUGUUACAGAAUUAUCUUUUUGUUGAAUUUCUGCUUUUCUGCCUUGAUUGCGAUAGAGCAGUCAUGAUCUCAUCUUCACCAUGUGAAUUAUAAAGAACUUUUUUUAAAAAAAAAAAAAAAGCUGCUGCUUCAAAUAAUUUGUUAGCCUUUGAAGUUAUUUGUAGAAUUGCUGAACGCUUAGGAAGUUUUGCAGCUGUACUGUGCUUGUCAGUUUCUUUAAUUUAAUGGUAAUGAUUUUUGCUUAUAAGAUUGCAUGUAUUCUGGAUUUUGCCUGUUUGCUGUGUAAGAAACAGUUGUUGCUUCUACACUUUUCCUAAGUUAUAUCUGUUACAAUAUUAUAAACAAACCCAGGCUAUGCACUGGAGUUAACUUUAUUCUAUCUCUCCAUAUUGGAUAAUGCCCUAAUGGGACAGGCCUUCUUUAAUAUACUUGCAAAAGCACUCUUUAUCCAAAGAGUAGUGUGCUUUUGCAGAUGUAUAUGCUUAUUUUUUCUGAUGACUAGAACAGUCUAUGACUAUAUGAAACUGCUGAUACGACACACCAAAAUAACAUAUUAAAUGUAAUUGUGUUUUCUGUCAACUUUGACAGGAAGGUUGUUAGUGAACAGUGCUAUGUGAACACAUUUUUUUUCUCCAAAUCUAAUUGUUGAAUGAUUGGCCAAAUAUGUUGACGAUUUAUUUAAACAAAUAUAGGUGCACCUAAUUCUUUUUUGAGUUAACAAUGAGGCAAGUAUGAACAUUUACAUUUGGUGCAACACACAUCCUGUUCACUUAAAGUAACCUUUUCAUUUAGAAAUGCAGCAGGGUACAAAAAUCAGUGUAUUUUAUUAUACCAGUCUUUGCAUUUUUGACUAAAAUAAUUUUAUGUCUUCUGAUACACAUUUGGUUUAAAAUAAGGCAAAAUGUAGAAACAGUAUACUGUGGCAAAUAAUUUGGUGUAGUAUGCUUGUUUCAGUUAGUAGAAACUACAGCUUAUUAGCCUGUUAUGGCAUGAAUGCCUCAAAUGCUUCCGCUAUGCUGAGAACAAUUAUUUAUCUAAACAUAACAUGAGAAUUAAGAGGAAACCCACUGAGCUGAUAUUUGACUACAAACGUAUUUUAGCGUGGUUUUGUUUUUGAAAAUGUUUUCCUUUCUUCAGUGCUGUAUUUAUAUGUAAAUUUGAAGAACAAAACUCUUUAUAUAAUGUAAUAUCAAAAAAUUAAUUUUAAACUCUAAGUCUGUAUAACUGCUUCUGUAAUUUCAAACAGAAGAGUAUAUGGGAAUAGACAAUAUUUGGUACAAGUCUGACUUGAAAUCUAAGCCUUCGGUAUAUUGGAUCUCUUUGUCACACAAUAUAGUUUCCUCUUGACUAUACUGGUUCUAUGAACCACUUUUAAACAUUAUGUAUUAAAAUGCUUAACUUCUA